GGCUAAGCAAAGCUCCAUGUGUGAAUGCUAUUGCACACGUUAUUGCUGCCUCAAGCUGCGUCACAAGUGUCUCUUCUUUGGCUACUUCAAUUUCACUCUUAGCCUUUUGCUGCUGUCUUACUUUGUCAUUGUUUGGCAGACGCCAUUGGAGCGACGCAUGUUCUUCUGGAUCGCUUUCACUUACACCUUCGACUUUCGUGAUGCUUUACUAAUUGUGUUGAUCAUAUUGGAUGUUGUGUAUUUAGCCUCCGGUGUGCUGCUUAUUGUCGGCGUUUAUAUGGAUAAGAAGCUUAUCAUAUUACUGGGCAUUAUACUAUGCAAUCCUUUUGCCGUAGUCUUUUUGCCAUCAAUAACUGUAUCACCAGAAUUCUCGAUCAUCUUUACAGCCUUGCACAUUUUGUUUUUAAACGCUUCCGUACGCUAUUAUCAAGCAAUUCGCAAACAAACUGCACCAUUUGAAUUGUGCUAGACUUCAUUAGGCAAUAAAAUGAAUUAGUUUUACCUA